AACCUUUAACCCCGCCACAGGGGUCAAGAUCUGUGACGUGCACGAGGCCGACCACGAAGACGUCAACAAGGCGGUGGCGGCGGCGAAGGCGGCGCAGCGGAGAGGCUCGGCCUGGCGCCGGAUGGACGCAUCCAGCAGGGGGCGCCUUCUGCACAAACUGGCUGACUUGAUAGAGAGAGAUCGACUUCUUCUGGCGACUUUGGAGACCAUGGACACGGGGAAACCCUUCCUGCAGUCCUUCCUGGUGGACCUGGACGGGAGCGUCAGAACGCUACGAUACUUUGCUGGCUGGGCCGACAAGAUCCACGGGAAAAGUAUUCCGGUUGACGACACCUUCGUGUGUUUGACGCGACACGAGCCUGUCGGGGUGUGCGGCGCCAUCAUCCCGUGGAACUUUCCUCUGCUGAUGCUGACGUGGAAAAUGGCGCCGGCGCUGAGCUGCGGAAACACGCUGGUCAUCAAACCGGCCGAGCAGACGCCGUUAAGUGCCCUCCACGUCGGCUCCCUCAUCAAAGAGGCCGACUUCCCUCCGGGAGUGGUCAACAUUCUGCCGGGAUUAGGACCCAGAGCCGGCGCCGCCAUCGCCAGUCAUAUGGACAUCGACAAAGUGGCCUUCACGGGAUCAACAGCGGUUGGUCAGCUGAUCAAGGAAGCGGCGGCCAGAAGCAACCUGAAGCGUGUGACGCUGGAACUGGGCGGGAAGAACCCCUGCAUUGUGUUCGCCGACUGCGACUUUCAGCUGGCGGUGAAGGAGUGUCAGAAAGGAGCGUUCUACAACCAAGGUCAGUGCUGCACGGCGGCCUCCCGCGUCUUCGUGGAGGAAAGCAUCUACGAGGAGUUUGUGCGUCGCAGCGUAGAAAACGCCGAAACAAUCGUGAUGGGAGACCCUCUGGAUCCUUCCACCUCACACGGACCUCAGAUCGACAGGAAGCAGUUUGAUAAGAUCAUGGAGCUGAUCGAGAGAGGGAAGGAGGAGGGGGCGCGUCUGGAAUGCGGGGGAAGAGCGAUGGCCGAUGACGGUCUCUUCAUCGCCCCCACCAUCUUCUCCGGGGUCAAAGAUCACAUGCGCAUCGCCACACAAGAGAUCUUUGGUCCAGUCCAGUGCAUAAUGAGCUUCAAGAGCCAGCAGGAGGUGAUUGAGAGAGCGAACAGUUCACAGUACGGCCUCGUGGCGGCGCUCUUCACCACCAACGUGGACCGAGCUUUAUCUGUGUCCUCCGCCUUGGACAGCGGCACCGUCUGGGUGAACUGCUACAACGCUCUUCACGUCCAAGCACCCUUUGGAGGCUUUAAGAUGUCAGGAAAUGGACGAGAGCUGGGAGAAUACGCUCUGGCUGAGUAUUCAGAAGUGAAGGCCAUCACCAUCAAACUCAAUGAAAGUCUGUGACAGCAAGUCCAGCUCCACGUCAUAACCACAACUUCUUCACGUUAGAUCAAGUAGACAAAUUAUUACAGUUUUUCAAGUCUUGUUUGUUUUGUAGUAACUGCAUCGCCUUAAACCAGGGGUGUCCAAACUUUUUUCCACCGA